AUGAGCAGACCACAAAUUCCCGAGGUGCCGGUGGCACCGUAUCCGGUUGUUGUGCCGAACACGCGAGUUGUAGCUGGUUUUGGCAGAGGAUCGUCGUCAAUCGGGAUCCCUACAGCGAAUGUGCCGGUUGAAGACAUACCCGCUGAAGCGCUGAGAAUCCUGGAUACCGGUGUGUAUUUUGGUUGGUGCAAGGUUCUCAGAGCAGAUGAACCUGCUCACACGGAAUUGCGCAAAGAUGGGACAACUGAAGUUGAAUUCAGCAAUGGCGAAGGAUUGGUUCAAGGCCAGGACGCAGAUGUGGUCUUACCCAUGGUGAUGUCUAUUGGGUGGAAUCCGUUCUUCAAGAACAAAGAGAAGGCCGCUGAACUGCAUAUUUUGCACAAGUUUCCGAAGAACUUCUAUGGAGCGAAAAUCAGCUUCGUGGUCUUGGGGUAUGUUCGCCCAGAACUGUCAUAUACCACGCUAGAGGCGUUGAUUGAGGAUAUUAAUCUUGACAUAGCGAGUGCAAAAGAGUAUCUUGCGAAGGACGCGUAUGUGGAGUAUAAGCAUGUGUUGAAUUGA